AUGCUGGGUGCUGCCCUGCGGGGUGCUGCCUUCGCACCACGGCUGGCGGCCGUCGCGCCGGCUCUCCGCUUCGCCGGACCCGGGGCGGUGGCAGUCGGCGCGGUGGUUUCCGUCUAUGAGAUUGGCGGCUGGCGCCUGAUAGCUGCAGUGCCUUCCACGAUCGGACUCGGCUGGUGGGCUUCCAACCUCAACGAAUCCAGGUUCGAGGAAAACUUCAAGAAGGGUGUGGUGGCACAGCUCAGCUCCGAGCAGCCAGACCUGCCCGAAGACCUUGUGGCUGCCGUCCAGUCUUCCGCGCUCCGCAAUUACGAGACGAACCGCUGCCGCCUGGACGCGGAGACGCGCAGUGAGGGCGAGGGCUGGCGGAUUGAGAUCAUGGCGGAUCGCAGCAGCUUCAUGUCCAGCUGGAAAGCGACGUCCAUCAAGGUCAUGAAGGGCCGGGCGACAUGGACCUCGCCGGGUGCAGCCCUGCAUCCGCAGACAAGGAGCUGGGACCCGACGGCACCACCCAUGCGUUGGACUCUUCUUUGGCAGGGGUCCGGCCUGCCCGGCUGA